GCUUAUGAAGAAAAGUUAAAAAACAAUUUUAAUGAAAAAAAAUUAAAUACUCGAACUAGUUAUGAUGUUGAAAAAGAAUAUACGAUUAGUUCAGAUGAUUUAGAAGAUGAGAAAUUUAAUAAAUUGCGCCAAGAA